AUGGAAGACUGUUUGGCAAAAAAAGUGGAAAUCACUGUUUCAGAAGCUGAAAAACGGACUGGGAGGAAUGCCAUGAACAUGCAAGAAACAUAUACUGCUUACCUCAUUGAGACAAGAGCUGUUGAGUCCCAGAGUGAGGGACAGUGCGCCCCAGUGGACUCCCUGUGGCGACGUUACAGUGAAUUUGAGUUGUUGAGGAAUUAUUUGUCAGUCACCUAUCCACAUAUUGUUGUUCCACCUUUGCCAGAAAAAAGGGCUGACUUUGUUUGGCAUAAGCUAUCAGCAGAUAAUAUGGAUCCAGAUUUUGUGGAAAGAAGAAGAAUCGGUUUGGAAAAUUUCUUGUUACGUGUGGCUUCACAUCCUGUUCUUUGCCAGGACAAAAUCUGUUAUUCAUUUUUAACACAGGAAGGUGGAUGGAAAGAAAUGGUGAAUGAGACUGGAUUUCAGUUAAAGGCAGAUUCCAGAUUAAAAGCUCUUAAUGCAACAUUCAGAGUGAAAAACCCCGACAAGAGAUUUACUGAGCUAAAACACUAUAGCGAUGAACUGCAGUCUGUCAUAUCACACCUUCUGCGAGUCAGAGCUAGGGUAGCAGACCGGCUAUAUGGUGUCUAUAAAGUCCAUGGCAACUAUGGAAGAGUAUUCAGUGAGUGGAGUGCAAUAGAAAAGGAGAUGGGGGAUGGGUUGCAGAGUGCUGGCCACCACAUGGAUGUGUAUGCAGCUUCUAUUGAUGACAUACUGGAAGAAGAGGAACAUUAUGCAGAUCAGCUGAAAGAGUAUCUCUUCUAUGCAGAAGCACUGCGGGCAGUUUGCAGGAAACACGAACUGAUGCAAUAUGACUUGGAAAUGGCGGCACAGGACCUAACAUCUAAGAAACAGCAGUGUGAGGAGCUGGCAACAGGAACUGUGAGAACGUUCUCCCUGAAAGGGAUGACCAGCAAGCUCUUUGGGCAGGAAACCCCUGAGCAGAGGGAAGCCAAGUUAAAGGUUCUAGAAGAGCAGAUACAGGAAGGAGAAGAACAACUGAAGUCUAAAAAUCUGGAGGGCAGAGACUUUGUGAAAAGUGCCUGGGCUGACAUUGAACGGUUUAAAGAGCAAAAGAAUCACGAUUUGAAGGAGGCGCUUAUAAGCUAUGCUGUUAUGCAGAUUAGCAUGUGCAAAAAGGGAAUUCAAGUUUGGACAAAUGCAAAGGAAUGCUUCAGCAAGAUGUGAUUACCUGGAAAUGAAUUCCUCCUCCAAGUGCCAGAGAACAGAAGCACAAAUGUGUAACACCAAUGUUAAGUUGCUACAUGACUUACAAAUCAUGAAAUAAAUGAGUUGAGUGAAUAGUUUUUUCUUUCUGCUGAUUGUAAUUGUUAAUCAAGGACAAAAAGGACAUGUCAUUAAAUGUUUAGCCCUGACUGCCACUUCCGUGGCAUGUUUUAUAUGUGGUAGCAAAUAAUUCAGGGGUUAGAGAGUUACUGAAAACUACAGCUCUGUAUUGGGGCAAAGGUAUAGGGAAAGUUAUCCCAGAAAGUAUGAACUGAACUGUUCUGAGACUUGUGAAACACCAUGCUCUCUAAUGUGUAGAUCAUUUCCAGAUGCCCUUUUCUUUAGCCCUUGCUGUUUAGAAUUUUUAAUGCUCAAGGGUGCUUUGGUUUUAUAAUGGGGGACACGGUUGUGUUUUUGAGGUCUACACCAUAAAGAGGACAAAAAGUGAAAUCCUGUAACACCUAGGGUUCAUAUUUAAAUGCCUUUGCAUGUCCAUAGAGAAAUGUGCUUUUCCAGAGUUCAGGUUAAGCAGUCUCAAGCUCCUGAGAUGUUUGAAACUCUCUACAGUAGAGGUG